UUACGUCAUCAUCCGACGCAUGACGUACACAAUCCGCGCCGCAGAGCAGGGAGCGUGAUGGCAGCUCCUCAGCAAAGAGAAGAGAAAGAGAGCGAGGAUUGCUCUUUGUUGCCUUUAGUUCAUGAUAUUAUCAAAUGCAUGGACAAGGACAGCCCGGAUGUUCACCAAGAACUGGCCAAGCUGAAGGUGAAGAUCCAGGAGGCUCGGGAUCAGAUCUCCACCAUGCCCGGGGUGGACAGCAGUCCUCUGGAGCAGCAGCAGCAGCUGGCCAUGCUGCGGGAGCAGGUCCGCACCAAGAACCAGCUGCUGCAGAAAUACAAAGGUCUGUGCAUGUUUGACGUGCCAAAAGCAUCCUGAAACAGAGCACUGACUGAAGGACACUCACAGACAGUCAAGGUCAUUCUCACAUAUGGAGCAAAUGUGGGAUUCAAGAAUACAGGAUGGACGUUUAAAUGAGAAAGGAUUUUUUUCCUUCAGUUGCAUCACUUUGAAAGAUGUCUUGAACGACAUACAAUGUCUUCUUUUGGCUUUUGUUUGCGUUGCUAGAAUGCAAACUUAGUUGUGUUGUGUUUAUAUUAAAUGUAGUUUUACAGUUUAUCAUUUCCUUAUGUUAUUAUAUUGACUUUUUUUCUUUUUUUCUAAUAAAUUGAAUUGAAUAAGGA